AUGGCAUCCUAUCUCUCCUACUUCUCCUCAAUCGUCAGAACUGCCGCAGAAGCCAUCGAGGCGUACAUCACCGGCGAAAAUGUGCAAAACGAGGAGGAGAACAGUGCGGAGCCGUCCGAAUGGAUCAAGAUCGACAAUUACAGGGGAAUUCUCGUGGAGACCGAAGAAAAAGAGGCGAAAAUCGAGAAGAAAGUUCCGGAGAAGAUCGAGGAAGUCGACGAGAAUUCGGAGAAUUACGUGUGCCCGUCGGUGGAUUACGAUUUUUUGCUCGACUCGAACUGUUUCGUUGUCGUUUUCGAGCACGCGCACGGAUUGGUCACCCAGGAGAUGCUCUACGUGCAUUUGGACGACGAUUGA